UGCGCAACUCCUUUACCCAAACGGGCGCAACUGGAGACGCUGAGCAAGGUAUUAUGGGAGCUAGUUGAACCGUAACACCAGUGGCAAAGUGUUAGAAUUCCGGAGCAAAAAUGUGUGCAAGGACCAUAGCAAACUACGCAAAGGAACUUUGUGCAACUAAAGAGGAAAAGGACCGUCGUCGUCUACUACUGGAAGCUCUUUGGCGGCAGCCUCGUGUUGUGUUACGCAGAGCAGACAACGGUCAAGGUUUUGGUCCUGAACAGCAGGAGCCAGAGCGCCAAGACAAAGAGGAAGUGGAGGACAAAGAGGUCCGACACUUUAAUGAACAAAAGGACCAGAUGUGUUUUUUCAUCAAAAAAGAGGAGGAGGAGCCAGAGCAAUUUUGCAUAAAAGAGGAGGAGGAAGAUCUCCACUCCAGGAAAGAGAAGAUAGAAAAUGAUUUCUGCAAAAUGCCAUCGACUCUUGUCCCUUUGAAGAGCAGAGGUGAGGGUCAUUGUGAGGCAAGCAGAGAGGCGGAGCCUCCAAGCAGCAGCUCAGGUCAACACAUAACAGAAGAUGAUGGACGCUCCUGUGGAGGAUCACAAGCUGACGACGUCCUCUUAGCUCCAAUCUCAGACGGUGAUGUUAUGUCGUCACAUUCUCCUGGCUCUGAAGAUGAUGAGUCAAACGGUGAUAUUUCAUUUCACGCUGAAAACAAACAGUGGAAAUGUUCUUACUGUUGGAAAAUGUUUGCUUUGAAGAGGAGUUUGAAACAACACAUGAAAACCCACACUGUUGAGAAACCUUUUUCCUGCUCAGAUUGUGGCCAAAGAUUCCCUAGUAAGGCAAACUUAAAAAGACACAUGACAACCCACACUGGAGAGAAACCUUUUUCUUGCUCAGAUUGUGGCCAAAGAUUCUCUAGUAAGGCAAACUUAAAAAGACACAUGACAACCCACACUGGAGAGAAACCCUUUUCCUGCUCAGAUUGUGGUCAAAGAUUCUCUCAGAAGACACACUUCAAAUCACACAUGAGAUCCCACACUGGCGAGAAACCUUUUUCCUGCUCAGAUUGUGGCCAAAACUUCUCACAUAAGGGAGACUUAAAAAUACACGCAAGAACCCACACUGGUGAAAAACCUUUUCCCUGCUCAGAUUGUGGCCGAACAUUCUCACGUAAAGGACACUUAAAAUUACACACAAGAACCCACACUGGUGAGACACCCUUUUCCUGCUCAGAUUGUGGUCAAAGAUUCUCUCACAAGGCAAACGUAAAAACACACAUGAGAACCCACACUGGUGAGAAACCUUUUCCCUGCACAGUUUGUGGCCAAAGAUUCUCAUAUAAGGGACACUUAAAAACACACAUGAGAACCCACACUGGUGAGAAACCUUUUUCCUGCUUAGUUUGUGGCCAAAGAUUCUCAAGAAAUGGAACUUUAAAACUUCACACGAGAACCCACACUGGUGAGAAACCUUUUUCCUGCUCAGAUUGUGGCCAAAGCUUCUCACAUAAGGAACACUUAAAAACACACACAAGAACCCACACUGGUGAGAAACCUUUUUCCUGCUCAGAUUGUGGCCAAAGCUUCUCACAUAAGGAACACUUAAAAACACACACAAGAACCCACACUGGUGAGAAACCUUUUCCCUGCACAGUUUGUGGCCAAAGAUUCUCUCACAAGGCAAAUGUAAAAACACACAUAAGAACCCACACUGGUGAGAAACCUUUUCCCUGCACAGUUUGUGGCCAAAGAUUCUCAUAUAAGGGACACUUAAAAACACACAUGAGAACCCACACUGGUGAGAAACCUUUUUCCUGCUUAGUUUGUGGCCAAAGAUUCUCAAGAAAUGGAACUUUAAAACUCCACACGAGAACCCACACUGGUGAGAAACCUUUUUCCUGCUCAGAUUGUGGCCAAAGCUUCUCACAAAAGGAACACUUAAAAAUACACACAAGAACCCACACUGGUGAGAAACCUUUUCCCUGCACAGUUUGUGGCCAAAGAUUCUCUCAGAAGGAAUUCUUAAAAACUCACAUGACAACCCACACUGGGGAGAAACACUUUUCCUGCUCAGAUUGUGGUCAAAGAUUCUCUCGGAAGUCAAACUUAAAAAUACACAUAAGAACCCACACUGGUGAGAAACCAUUUUCCUGCUCAGAUUGUGGCCGAGCAUUCUCACGUAAAGGACACUUAAAAUUACACACAAGAACCCACACUGGUGAGACACCCUUUUCCUGCUCGGAUUGUGGUCAAAGAUUCUCUCACGGGGCAAACGUAAAAACACACAUGAGAACCCACACUGGUGAGAAACCUUUUCCCUGCACAGUUUGUGGCCAAAGAUUCUCAUAUAAGGGACACUUAAAAACACACAUGAGAACCCACACUGGUGAGAAACCUUUUUCCUGCUUAGUUUGUGGCCAAAGAUUCUCAAGAAAUGGAACUUUAAAACUUCACACAAGAACCCACACUGGUGAGAAACCUUUUUCCUGCUCAGAUUGUGGCCAAAGCUUCUCACAUAUGGAACACUUAAAAAUACACACAAGAACCCACACUGGUGAGAAACCUUUUCCUGCUCAGAUUGUGGUCAAAGAUUCUCUCAGAAGACAAACUUAAAAAGACACGUAAUAACCCACACUGGUGAGGAACCAUUUUCCUGCCCAAAGAUUUGCUCGGAAGUGUCAGCUUAAGAUUCCAUGAAGUUUUUGCUUCUCAUCUGAGCAGACUUCAUGAGUUCAUGCAUCAUGGAUACAUAUAUUUUAUGUACCUUUUUGUUGUGAUGCUGCACACUUUUCUUUACCAAAACGUGACCAUUUCAUAUUUCAGUUGUAAUGAAUUUGAAAAUAUGGUAAAAUGUCAUCGGGGUUAAUCAUUUUUGAUGUUUCAUUAUUGUACAAGUUUUUUUGUUUUUAUUUGUGGUUUUUAAUUGUAAUUCAUAGUUUUGCUUAGGUUUUAGAGCAAGUUGGUUACCGUUUUUUUCCAUGUAUAAUGCGCCCCCAUGUAUAAUACGCACCCUAAAAAUGUCGAUGCUGGAAAAAAGCCUGUACCCAUGUAUAAUACGCACCCAAAUUUUGACUCCUACUUAAGGCCGUAAAUGUAAAAUUAUUUCAGAAAAAAGAUAAUCUUUGGGAACAACUGGAUGUUAUUCUGCCGGUCAGUAUCACUGCGCAUGCGCGAGCAAACCCAAUAGCGAAGAAAUGUUUCGGAUUUGUGACAGCAAACGAGCAGGUGAUCGAGCAAGCGUCUGAUACGAGAGCAUUGUGUUCGUAUGGAGCGUGUUUGAAGUGAACACCAGAGAAGAAAGCGCAUCUGUAAUGGCGGCCUCCAUAUCAUCUCCGGAUAAAAAAAAAUAUAUAUAUAUAUAUUUUUGAACCCAUGUAUAAUGCGCACCCCAGAUUUUAGGACAAUAAAUUAGUUAAAUUUUGCGCAUUAUACAUGGAAAAAAACGGGAGUUUAUUGUAAUUUCCGGACUAUAAACCGCAACUUUUUUCUCAAGUUUUUAACCCUGUGGUUUAUAGUCCAGUACAGCUUAUCUACAAUUUUUUUUCUGUUAUUUUUGUCCUGACUAAUACGGUUAUACACUUGUAAAAAGGCUGUUAUGAAUUGAUGCGGAUAAUUUACAUGCAUUUUUUUCUAGCGGCCAUCAGGGGGGCUCGAGCAGAAAAGAUAAGAAUGAGAGAGGUGGAAUAAGGUAAAGGUAAAGACCCAUUGAUUGUCACACACAUAUCUGGGUGUGGCGGAAUUUGAUGUGUCGAGGAAGACAGUAGUGGUGCAUGAGUAAAGUUAGCAUAAACAGAGCCCAAUUAUGGAAAACAUUAGAAGAAAUGCGUAUGACGCAUCUUUCAAGUUAAAAGCAAUGGAGCUAGCCGAUAAAGGAGGGAACAGAGCGGUUGCACGUAAACUUGGCAUAAAUGAAUCGAUGGUGACACACUGGAAACGGCAAUGGGAAGUACUGGAGCAAUGUAAAAAGACGACAAAAGCUUUGAGAGUUCAAAAGCAGGUGGCCCGAACUGGAAAACAUUCUUGAAGACAGGGUGAUCAUACAGAGAGCAGAUGGCCGAGGUGUUUCCACUGUGCAGAUCAGACUGAAAGCAAAAACAAUCGCUACCGAAAAGAAAAUCAAGAUUUCAAAGGAGGACCGUUAUGGUGUUUGCGAUUUAUGAAACGAAAAGCUCCGUCCAUCAGGACACGGGUGGAUUUGCCUCAGGAUGAGAGCGACGACGACGAAAGAGAGACGACGUGUGGCAGAAUACUCCCGCUAUUCCAAUCAGACACUGAGGAUGAGGACUUUAACGGUUUCAGUUCACAGGACUUGUACUGAUUUGUUUUUUUUCAACCAUUCUUGUUUGUGCUGUUGCUGCUUUGCUCCCACGACUUUUACCAGUAUGUUUUUUUUACUUCCGUUUGUAAAGAAAUGUUCAUGUUAAACAAAUCUUAAGUGUUUGUAAACAAAUGUUAUUUUAUUAAAUCUUUAAACACACACGUUACGUUAAUAAAACUUUAAAAAGGCA